GGUAUCGGGCAUUAUGGGGCGGCGAUGCUUUAUAUCCACACGAUAACGAGACGUCGCGUUUAAACAAUCCGUAAGAUCUGCAUCAGGACACGGAGUUCAGGCGACUUUCGGCCAGGCAGUGACCCCGGUAGAGAGGCUGCAGCACAGACAGCAGGGUGAGAUGGUGCAAAGCGGUCUGAUGAGCAGCGCGGAGGACGUGGCGGAUCAGUUCCUGCGAGUGACAAAGCAGUACCUUCCCCAUGUAGCACGGUUGUGUCUGAUCAGCACCUUCCUCGAAGAUGGUAUCAGGAUGUGGUUCCAGUGGAGCGAGCAGAAAGAGUACAUCGAGAGCUCGUGGGGGUGUGGCUUCUUCCUUGCCUCACUCUUCGUCUUAAUAAACUUACUGGGCCAGCUGGGCGGUUGUGUAUUGAUUCUAAGCAGGAAUUUUGUGGAGUAUGCCUGUUUUGGAUUGUUUGGCAUCAUUGGAUUGCAGACUAUUGCCUACAGCAUUUUGUGGGAUCCAAAGUUUUUGAUGAGGAACCUGGCACUGGGAGGCGGGUUGCUGUUACUACUGGCUGAGUCACGUUCAGAAGGGAGGAGCAUGUUUGCUGGUGUGCCCACGGUGCGAGAGAGCUCUCCUAAGCAGUACAUGCAGCUCGGAGGACGCGUACUGCUCGUGCUCAUGUUCAUGACCCUGCUCCACUUUGAUGCCAACUUCCUCUCUUUCCUACAGAACCUGGUAGGCACAGCUCUAAUAAUCCUGGUGGCCAUCGGCUUUAAGACGAAGCUGGCUGCCCUCACUCUGGUUGUGUGGCUCUUUGUCAUCAAUGUCUACUUCAAUGCCUUCUGGACCAUUCCAGCUUACAAACCCAUGCACGACUUCCUCAAGUACGACUUCUUCCAGACCACUUCCGUAAUCGGGGGUCUGCUACUGGUGGUAGCGCGAGGUCCUGGUGGAGUCUCCAUGGACGAGAAGAAGAAGGAGUGGUGAGACUGGGCAAACCUCAAAUGGCUCUCUUGCUUACUUUAUAGUGUGUGCUCAGCAGUAGUUCCUGCAGCAUUACCCCUUAAAGCAAGUGCACUAUAUAGGGAGUGAUGAGCAGUUUGAGACAUGGCCUGUAGUGAAGGAACCCAGAAACCAACAACAUGACUUAGUCUUUACUUUUGCAGCCCAAGUACUGUCUACCUUUUCUAUGGUUUCAGGGUGUUUUCUUCAUUUCUACAGGCACUUUUAGUCGUUAUAUAUUUUUUUGUCAUAUUUAUUAGCAACAGAUAUGGCCAGGAUCUGUUUUUGUUUUAUCCCUGCUGUUAAUGUAAUCAUUUAAUAUCUGAUAUAUUACAAUAUUUUAAUAAUCCCUGAAUAUCACCUCUGUUUGGUACCAGUCACAGUCCACCGACCAAAGUUUUAUUUUGCAUUUAAUUUAAUUUAAUUUAAUUUUUUUAUUAAAACAACUCUGGCUGCUUUGGUGUCACAUCCCUGUUGUAGUUUAAAUGUAUCAUAAAUAAGUUAUAAUAACAUCAAUGUUCUUAUUAGUUACCCCUUUAAGAGCUAAUGGGGAUUUACAUCACAUAGCUGUUUAUGGAUGUAUAUCAUGAUUGUGCUGAUUCCAACUCAGUGGUUAGGCGCGGUGUGUGUGACAGCUGAUAUGUACAUCAUUACAGCUCAGGAGUGUAACAGGCAAAAAGUAAAAGAUUAACUGAUAAUUAAAACCAAGUUUGUGUUACUGUUAUUAAAAUGGAAAACUAGAAUUAAUGACCACCCUCAAUGGCCUUUUAGAAUCUUUAAUAAAUAUAUAUAUAUAUUAUAAAUAUUUUCACCUUAUUCCAGUGUAAAUGUGUUAAUUUGAGUCAGCAUUGUUCUCUGUAUGUAAACUGUUGUCAGGUCGCGAAAGUUUACAGGAGAUUAGUAUUUUUCAAAACAAGCAAAGCAGGAAAUUUGAAAUAAAUGAAACCCUGUGAUUUGU